UAUUACACAUCGGAUAGAAUAGAACUGUAGAAGAGACGAGUGAGGGUUUAACUAAACUUCGAAGUUUUAACCAAAAAAACCUCCAUGGAUGCGGUGGUGACCGGAGUUACCAUCGGUGUCGGACUCUCCACACCUCGUCAUCUCUCACGCUUCUCCAAAAAACCUAACCGCCUCCAUUCCUCCACCGUCUCCGCCACCAGCAAAUGGGCAGAACGACUCAUUUCCGAUUUCCAAUUCCUCGGCGACACCACCUCAUCUUCAUCUUCCACCACCUCCGCCGCCGUCACACUCACUCCUUCUUUCCCUCCUCAACUCGACUCUCCUCCCAUUGAACGGCACGUGUCACUCCCUCUCGACCUGUACAAAAUUCUCGGCGCCGAAACACAUUUCCUCGGUGAUGGCAUUCGUAGAGCUUAUGAAGCCAAAUUCUCGAAACCUCCUCAGUAUGCUUUCAGUAACGAAGCUUUGAUUAGCCGCCGCCAAAUUCUUCAAGCGGCUUGUGAAACCCUAGCUGAUCCUGCUUCAAGAAGAGAGUACAAUCAAAGCCUCAUUGACGAUGACGAUGAUUCUUCCAUUCUCACUGAAAUCCCUUUCGACAAAGUUCCUGGAGCUCUUUGUGUGUUGCAGGAAGCUGGAGAGACUGAGUUGGUGCUUCAAAUUGGAGGGGGUUUACUGAGAGAGAGGUUGCCGAAGACGUUUAAGCAAGAUGUUGUGUUGGCUAUGGCGCUUGCUUAUGUUGACGUUUCAAGGGAUGCUAUGGCUUUCUCCCCACCGGAUUUCAUUGUGGCUUGUGAGAUGCUCGAGAGGGCAUUGAAGCUUUUGCAGGAAGAAGGGGCAAGCAGCCUAGCACCGGAUUUACAAACACAAAUUGACGAGACACUUGAAGAGAUAACCCCACACUGUGUAUUAGAACUUUUAGCUUUGCCUCUUGACGAUGAACAUAGAGCGCGAAGAGAAGAAGGUCUCCAAGGUGUCCGCAAUAUUCUGUGGGCAGUUGGAGGUGGAGGAGCAGCAGCAAUUGCUGGGAGUUUCACACGUGAAGAUUUCAUGAACGAGGCAUUCCUGCAUAUGAAAGCAGCCGAACAGGUCGAACUUUUUGUAGCAACACCUAGUAACAUUCCAGCUGAAAGUUUUGAGGCGUAUGGGGUGGCACUUGCAUUGGUUGCACAAGCCUUUGUAGGUAAAAAGCCACAUCUUAUCCAAGAUGCUGAUAACUUAUUCCAUCAACUUCAACAAACUAAGGUAACAAAUAUGAGGAAUGCUCCCUCUGUUUAUACUCCAAUGGAGAUGGAGAAGAGAGAGGUUGAUUUCGCAUUAGAAAGGGGCCUGUGUGCACUGCUUGUUGGGGAGCUGGAUCAGUGUCGGUCAUGGUUGGGACUCGAUAGUGACAGCUCUCCUUAUCGAAACCCAUCUAUUAUAGACUUUAUUAUGGAAAAUGCAAAGGGUGAUGAAGACAGUGAUCUUCCUGGACUCUGUAAACUGUUGGAGACAUGGUUGAUGGAGGUGGUUUUCCCCAGGUUUAGAGAUACUAAAGACAUAAGCUUUAGGCUUGGAGAUUACUAUGAUGACCCCACAGUGCUAAGAUAUCUAGAGAGGCUUGAGGGUGCUGGUCGUUCACCCCUGGCUGCUGCAGCAGCCAUAGCAAAAAUCGGAGCUGAGGCUACUGCUGUUAUUGGCCAUGUCCAGGCUAGUGCAAUAAAAGCAUUGAAGAGGGUAUUUCCUGUUGGCUCAAAAGAUAAAAUCUUGACUCAUCAAGAAAAUGGUGAGAAGGAUCAUUCAGGCCUUUCUGAAAAUGAGGAUCCCCUGAUAUUAUCAGAUCAUGACACUUCAGUUGAUUUUGAGGUUUCAGGAAUAAAAAAUACUGCUGAGAUAAAUGAUGGAAAAUUUAUUACUGAUGAAAUUAAAAAUGCAAGUGUGAAUAUAAUGUGUGCUGGCGUAGUGAUUGGACUCAUAACUUUAGCUGGCUUGAAGUUUUUACCUGCUAGGAAUGGCUCACCCAUUCUUCGCAAAAUGACUGAUUCAACAAUGGCGUCGAAUACUAUCAAUUUAGGUCCUGUAGGGGAUGAAGAAUUAGGAGAGCAACUACCAAAAAUGAAUGCAAGGGUUGCAGAAGCUCUAGUGCGCAAGUGGCAAAAUGUCAAAUCCCAAGCUUUUGGACCAGACCAUCGCCUAGGAAGUUUGCAAGAGGUGUUGGACGGUGAAAUGUUGAAGAUAUGGACUGAUCGAGCAGCUGAGAUUGCCGAGCUUGGUUGGUCGUAUGACUACAACUUGGAGGAUGUCAACAUAGAUAGUGUGACUAUAUCACAGAAUGGGCGGCGUGCAGUGGUGGAAACAACUCUCAAAGAGUCUACCCACCUCAAUGCUGUAGGACAUCCACAACACGAUGCUUCUAACAGCAAAACCUACACAACAAGAUAUGAAAUGUCUUUUUCAGAUUCAGGGUGGAAAAUUGUUGAAGGAGCUGUCCUUGAGUCAUAGUUAGGUUUUGUAACAUGUAAUGUAUAUGUCAGGUUGCGCAUGCAGUGUCUGUGGGAAGCUUUAGGGACACAAUGGUGCUUGCAUUACUCAUUGCUACAAUAUUUUCAUGUGGGGACAAAGUGAAGGCUAAGAUAUUACUAAGACUGAAAAUGUUUGUGAUGGAAAGCUGUUCUAUAUAGAUAUAAUAUAACUAAUGUUCCACUUCCUCUGUAACCUGCCAAAAGAUGGAGAACUUGAGAUUUUCUAGUACUGUUCUCUGCUUAAUAAUUCUGACAUUGGAAAUUGUUGUUGGUCUUAAAGGUGAAGAGCUGAAAAAUGACACUGCUCAAAGUCAAAUACAUGGCAAUGUCACCUUAGCAACACUCUCUAAUCAUCAGGGUAAUAAGGAACAAGUAAGAGGAAAACACAAUGAAGUUGCUUUCAACACAAGCAAAGGUAGUCGGCAUAAUAGAGGAGGAGGAUUUAGAUGGGGAUGGGGUGGAGGGGGAGGAGGUGGUGGUGGUGGCGGCGGUGGAGGUGGAGGGGGAGGGGGAGGAGGUGGCGGCGGAUGGGGAUGGGGAGGAGGAGGUGGAGGGGGUGGUUGGUGGAAAUGGGGAUGUAGAAAUGAACCAAGAUCACAUGUUAAAGGAAAACAAGGAACUAUGAGGGGUAUGAAACAUCAUCAUGAUACAUACAAGGGAGAUUAUAAGUUGGGGGAAUUUGCACAAUGCAUGACAAGAACAAGAUGCAAAGGCAUGAGGUUGGAUUGUCCACUUCACUGUGGUGGACCUUGUUUCUAUGACUGCUAUCAUAUGUGCAAAGCUCAUUGUCGCCGACCCUAAAUUAAGUGCUUCUUUGGUAUCGCGAUGAACUUGUCAAAAAUAUGGUGUUCAAUCCACCGUGUGAUAACAUACACUAAAUCGUAUAUGAAGCUUAUUAAUUAGUCGAUCUCUUUAACCUUUCUUUCUUUUUAUUCUUUUUAUGAGAGUUUGAUUUUGGAUCAAAAUCAAUGUCACACAUUAAUUUUUCUAGGUAGACACUACACUAGACAGGUAUAUGUUGACAUUGUG